AUGGGUCCCAAGGGUUUGCUUCCUCUCGAUUCGAUCCAGCAUUGGAAGGUUCUUUGUGAGACUAAUAUAAAUUUUCAUCCAGCAGAAGUCGCUGCCGAUCUGGUUCCCGCCGAGAAGAUUGAUCAAGGACAAGAUGUGAAUAAAGAUGUUGAGCGCGGCUCAUCAACGACCGAAAAAGGAAACUAUGUUGAAGAAAUUAUAGCCGUGGAACCUGUAGAUCUGAAUCUGGUCGAUUGGGAUGGCCCCGACGACCCGGAAAACCCGUUCAAUUGGCCUGCCAGCAGAAAGGCCAUGAUGACGACCUCUAUAGCACUGAUCACAUUCCUAACUCCUCUGGGUUCUUCCAUGUUCGCUCCCGGUGUCCCCAAUGUCAUGCGAGAGUUCCAUUCCAGCAACGAGUCUCUUGCGGCGUUCAUAGUCUCGGUGUAUUUGCUCGGUUACUGUUUUGGUCCUCUUGUGAUCGCUCCACUGUCUGAGAUGUACGGACGUCAACCACUGUAUACGGCUUGCAACUUGCUCUACACCAUCUUCAAUGUGGCUUGCGCCCUGGCGCCGGACAUGGGUAGUUUGAGCGUGUUUCGAUUUUUUGCAGGCGUGGCUGGUAGCUGUCCACUGACUAUAGGUGCUGGUUCACUCGCGGACAUGAUUCCGCAGAACAAACGAGGUGCUGCGAUGGCUAUCUGGGCGAUGGGUCCGCUCUUCGGGCCUGUUAUUGGACCUGUUGCCGGUGGUUAUCUAACUGAGGCCAAGGGGUGGCGAUGGACUUUUUGGGUUCUGGCCAUAGCGGGCGGCGCUGUAACCAUCUCAUCUCUAUUCACAAUGCGCGAAUCAUACGCCUAUGUCCUUCUUGACCGCAAGGCCAAACGACUACGAAAAGAGACCGGAAAUUCCAACCUCCGCUCAGUACUAGAUACCGGCAGAUCCUCAAAGGAGCUCUUCAUGUUCUCCAUCGUUCGUCCCACAAAAAUGCUCUUCUUGUCGCCCAUCGUAUUCCUGUUGUCUCUCUACACCGCGGUCAUCUAUGGAUACCUAUAUCUGCUGUUCACAACCAUGACCACCGUCUUCGAGACUCAAUAUGGCUUUUCCCAGGGAUCCGUUGGUCUAGCAUACUUGGGCAUCGGAGUAGGUUCGUUUAUGGGGCUGUUCGUCCUUGGCGCCAUAUCAGACCGUCUCCAACAGCGUUUGACUGCUUCCAAUGACGGAGUAGCAAAACCAGAGUAUCGUUUGCCGCCGAUGUUUUUUGGGUCCUGGCUUAUUCCGUUGGCGCUGUUUUGGUAUGGCUGGACUACGGAGAGGCAGGAUCCCUGGAUAGUGCCGAUUAUCGGGACUGCUUUUCUGGGAAUGGGGAUGAUGAUAGCUUUUAUGGCUACAUCAACCUACCUCGUCGAUGCCUACACAGUAUACUCAGCCUCCGUCAUGGCCGCUUCUACAUUGCUUCGCUCUCUUUUGGGGGCACUUUUGCCACUGGCAGGUGGGAAGAUGUAUCAAGCUCUAGGUUUGGGAUGGGGGAAUUCAUUGCUUGGAUUCAUUGCGUUAGCAAUGGCUCCCAUACCGUUAUUGUUCUAUAAGUAUGGGGAACGGAUACGUACCAGCCAGUUUUUUAAAGUUGAAUUCUAG